UCUCAAUCCAAUACACCCGUUAGUGAAGGAUGCAUUGCCACCAUGGUGUCUCGUACUCCGGUUGACGCCGGUAGAUUCUCUGUCGUGUCCAAGACUUUCCAUUCUGCCGCCAGUUCCGACGCCGUCUGGAAUCAUUUUCUCCCUUCCGACAUCGACUCUAUCGUCUCACAGUCACCUUCAGUUGUAAAUGCUUCUUCCAAAAAGGCUCUUUAUCUUGCUCUAUCUGAUCAACCUAUCAUCAUCGACAAUGGCAAAAAGAGCUUUCAAUUAGAUAGAAAUAGUGGGAAAAAGUGUUACAUGCUUGCUGCUAGAUCUCUCGCCAUUACUUGGGGUGAUGACAACCGCUACUGGAACUGGAUUGCUAUGCCUGAUUCCAGGUUCCCCGAAGUUGCUAAACUUUGUCUUGUGUGGUGGCUCGAAAUUCGUGGGAUGAUUAACAAUCUUGCCUUGUCCCCAAAUACUCAAUAUGCAGCUUAUCUUGUGUUCAAAAUGAUUGAUUCCUAUGGGUUUGAGAACCUUCCUGUGGAUUUAUCUGUCGGUGUCAAAGGUGGCCAUAGUAGCACUAAAAUUGUUUGUUUGGAUCCAAAUGCAGAAUUCAUAUACAUCAGAGAAAGAGGAUUUUGCAAUUGUUUGAUAAGAUCAGAUAACAAAGUAGUAGGAUUGCCGCGGCCUAGUUGGAGAAGUGGUAGGUGGUGGGAGAUUGAGAUGGGAGAGUUCUUCAAUUCAGGCCUUGAAAAUGAAGAAGUCCAUAUGAGUGUUAUCGAAAAUAAAGGCUGGUGAGACGGGAAUUUCUUUCUUGAAGGAAUAGAAGUUAGGCCUAAGGUAGACAAUUAAGCAACUUUCAGUGAACUAUGUCAUGGGUCUUGUGUCUUGGAUGGUAGAAUAGUGCUUGAAGAUUUGAAGUUCCAACUUUUCAGUAUGUAACAUACUCUUGUUUAAAUGUUCUCUUCGUAAAGUUUUAGUAUUUAAUAUACUCUUGUUUAAACUGUCUCUUCUUAAAGUAUAUUCGUAAAGUUUCAGUA